CAUCAUCUUCUCUCUCUCUCUCUCUCUCUCUCUGUCUCUCAGACGAGAUUUUCUCUCUCCUCUGGUGAGGGCUGGCUGGCGGCAAAAGCGGCAUCGAGACACAGAAGAGAAGGAACAAGAAAGGGAAAGGAGAGAGAAAAGCAAAAGCAUAACAGUUGUUGUUUCUGAACCUAAAUUCACCCGACAAUACCCUUCUUUAUCUGCAGAACAAACCCUAGAGAGAGAGAGAGAGAGAGAGGAAAUCCAACAGAAAAGCCAAAAUUCACAUGGGUCUAAUCUGGACCUGAUAAUAAUAAUAGAGAGAAGCUCUGCAACUCGCCGCUCCGAAAAGCAGCCAAUUCACUCCCAGAUUCACCACUAGUACGGUCUCUUAUUCCUUCGUUUGCUCGGGGUCUGCUUCUCGUUUUGUUCGGCUGUGUUGUCUUGCUACAAGAGUUCCAUGUGAGGAUACUAAGGUAAUCACAAAUGGAGAAGGUUCGCGAGACAAAGGUGCUUUUGGGGAAGUUUCUUGUUGGAGAUCAGGCGCCCAUUGCCUGCAUGCCUCCUCCUUUAAGACAAGACAUAGGUCUUGCUGAAGCACAGGACUCAGAAGAUUGGGAUUCCCCUGCACCUUUGAGAACAUGGAAAGGAAAGAACUUGAUGCAGGAUAGAAAGGAACUCAAGUCUAAUGGUGUUGCAGUUAAAAGCAGUGGUGACUUGUCUGAAGAAAGUGGCUCGAGUUCUUUCUCUGGGGUAAGUCAUCCCCCAGAACCUGUUGAUACAGAUCUCAUGAGACCAGUCUACAUACCAAUUGGCCAAAGCAAAUUGGAGGGUAAAUGCUCUGUGAAGAGCUUGUCUCGGAAAGGUCCUUUUAUAGAAGAUCUUUCAGUACAGGUUCCUGGUAUCAGACCAAGCCCAUCUGUUUUGCCCCCUGCUGAGAUCCUGGUUGAAGAACCAAAUGAUUUGGGUGCAGUGUCUUCACCAAUUCAUGUGUCUUGCCCAUCUCAAACUGCAGAAAGCAUGCUCCUUCCUCUGGAUUCCGAUGAGAAGGAAUGUAUUUGGGAUGCUUCUUUGCCUCCAAGUGGCAGUGUAAGUCCACUCAGUAGCAUUGAUAGUAUUGGAGUGGUCAGAGCUAUGAGCAUUGUUAAUAGCUGCACCAGUACAUAUCGGAGUGACGGAGUCACAAGUGAUGGCAUGCUUAGUGUGGACAGAAACUGUGACAGUACAAAAGGGAGUGUGCGGGGAGAUUCACUGGAGAGUGCUAAAACUAGCUUUAGCCGUGCAAGUGAUAGUAGUGGCCUUAGUGAUGACAGUAACUGGAGUAAUUUUACCGGGAGUGUCAACAAGCCUCACAAAGGAAAUGAUCCUAGGUGGAAGUCUAUUCUAGCCAUUCGAGUUCGGGAUGGAAUAUUGGGGAUGAAUCAUUUUCGGUUGCUCAAAAGGCUUGGUUGUGGUGACAUUGGCACUGUGUAUCUAUCCGAGUUGAGUGGGACUCAUUGUUACUUUGCAAUGAAAGUGAUGGAUAAGGCAUCACUUGCAAGUAGGAAAAAGUUGACGAGGGCGCAGACAGAAAGAGAGAUUUUGCAGCUACUGGACCAUCCGUUCUUGCCAACCUUAUACACACAUUUUGAGACAGACAGAUUUUCAUGUUUAGUCAUGGAAUAUUGUCCAGGCGGUGAUCUGCAUACUUUGAGGCAACGACAACCUGGAAAGCAUUUUUCAGAGUAUGCAGCACGGUUUUAUGCGGCAGAAGUUCUCUUGGCACUUGAGUAUCUGCACAUGUUGGGGGUUGUGUACAGGGAUCUAAAGCCAGAAAAUGUCCUGGUACGCGAUGAUGGUCACAUAAUGCUUUCAGACUUUGAUCUUUCUCUAAGAUGUGCAGUUUCACCCACUCUCGUUAGAACUUCCGCACUUGAUGCUGACCCUUCCAAACGAAGUGGGGGUGCAUCCUGUAUCCAGCCUGCUUGUAUUGAGCCGUCAUCAUCAGCAUGUAUCCAGCCUUCAUGCUUCCUUCCUCGAAUCUUUUCCCAAAAGAGCAAGAAACAAACCCGAAAACCCCGCACUGAGCCUGGUCUCCCAGCCAGUGCACUGCUAGAGCUUGUUGCUGAGCCCACUGCAGCCCGCUCCAUGUCCUUUGUUGGGACCCAUGAGUAUUUAGCCCCCGAAAUUAUCAAGGGAGAAGGCCACGGCAGUGCAGUUGAUUGGUGGACGUUUGGCAUUUUCCUGCACGAACUCCUUUAUGGUAAAACACCAUUCAAGGGAUCAGGAAACCGCGCUACUCUGUUCAAUGUGGUAGGGCAACAACUCAGGUUCCCUGACUCUCCAGCAACAAGUGAUGCCAGUCAGGACCUGAUCCGAAGAUUGCUUGUGAAGGAGCCGCCGAACCGGCUUGGGACAAAGAGGGGAGCUACAGAGCUCAAGCAGCACCCCUUUUUUGAAGGUGUAAAUUGGGCUCUGAUUAGAUGCAGCACACCGCCAGAGAUUCCAAGGCCCGUGGAGUAUGAACUGCCUGGGAAGUUUGGGGCAGUUGAAACGGUUGGAGUAGCCAACAAUAGCAAAAGGAUGGUAGGAACAGAUAUGAAGGGGCGUGUAAGAUGGAAUGAAGCUAAUCUUGAGGAAAUUGAAGCAAAUAAACCUGUGAGGCAGAAAAUUACUGAACCAAAGACACCAUAUCACCCCAGAAUUGAUGAUGAUGGAUCUUUGUCACCAAGAGAGAGUUUUGAUGAGUUCACUGCCGAUGCCACUCAUGCAGAAGCAAUACGUUCUGCUCUGAAUGAUGUGGCUUCUUCCAGUGGCAAUAAGUCCUGGCAGUCUGGUGGCUGGUCAUCUGAUGAUGAGGCGGAACCCAUGGAUGAAACUGAUGAAGCUCUGUCAGAUUCUGAAACAGAUAGAAGCAAGAGUUUUAGGGAGCUCAGGCGAGCUCAUUACGAUGAGUUCCUGAAAGUGAAAGAACUCAGGGGGAAAGGAUCAUCGCUGGAAGAUGCAUCUGAGGAUGAGGACGACAGGAGAAAGGAUGAAAAAUCUGACUCAACAACAUCACUAACCUCUGGUGUGAAAGAUAUAGACAUUGAUGACAGUUCUGAUGGCCAAAUGCCUUCUGCUCCUCCAGCCAACGGUGCUUAGCCUUAAAAGCUGCUGAAAGACGAAGGUUGCUGCCUUAAAAAGGUGGGUGUGUUUCCUUUUCCUUUUUCUAUCUCUUGUCAUUUCUCGUUACAGUUACAUCGUUAAGGAGGGACAAAUAUCAAGAAUUUGAAUUUGCAUCUUUUCUAAAUGCAAUUUUGACUGUAAAUAGGCAUGAAUUCAGACAAGCUUCCGGGUUUUGUUCUGUUCUGUUUGAUCCUAUCUUGAAUAAAAAUAGGAAACUUAAAACGCUGUAUUCCUUUAAAAAUAA